GUGCUCGGUUUGAGAGCAGUGAAAGGUCGCGUCUGCUGUUUAAUCUGUUCCACCUCAGGUCUAAACCUAAACCCAGGCUCAAGACAGCAGGUGUGGAGGCGUUUGAAGUCUCCCGGAGAGGAUUUCAGCUGGAAGUGCGGGAGCGCAGCCGGAGGGUCGACGGCGCGGAGUGGGUCUCCUCCUCCAGCACCAGCCGAGUGGAAGAUAUUACCCGGGGACUCGGGACUCAUUAGCUGAACCCACCGGUGCGUGAAGAUCACUGCCAAGAAUGUCGUCGAAGAAGCAGAGUUCAAAUAACAUAGCGCAGGCACGGAGAAUCGUACAGCAGCUACGGAUAGAGGCCAACAUUGAGAGGAUAAAGGUUUCUAAAGCCUCUGCGGACCUCAUGCAUUACUGUGGCGAGCAUGCUAAGUACGAUCCACUCCUGAUGGGGAUUCCAGCCUCAGAAAACCCGUUUAAGGACAAGAAGCCCUGCAUUAUAUUGUAGUGGGACGCCCCCAGACAUGAGCUCCUUAAUGCCUCCUUUUUUAUAGAGAGAAUAUUUUACCUUAAAGCAUUCAUACACUAGUCGCCUUAAAAAAAAGUCAGCUAACCCCCAUCUUCACUCUCCCUUUAAUGCUCCUGAAGCAGAACUCUUCGCCUGAAACGCAUUCCCUUGUUAUUUCGUUCCUCUAAAAAUGAGACCAAAAAGCUCUUGAGCUCUCAAGAUUUGCAAUGCAGAGACAAAACAAUAUAUAUAUAUAUAUAUAAAAUAUGCAUUUUCUUUUUUCCCCCCCUUUAAUUCAGUGAUUGUGUUAUCUGAUGUGGUCUAGACCUGCCUCAUCAGCAAAUAAAGGCUGAGGCCUCAGUAGGGAAGAUCCCAGACAGGUGCUGGUCUCAUCAAGCCCCAGUGGUUCCCUUUGAUCAUCAUGUUCUCCUAAUGUCUUUUAAACUCUGCUCUGACUGGUGGCUGUAGAUAAGCUCAACAGUAGCGCUUCGACCCUGUGUGGUGACACUGUUAACUGGAUCUCUAGAGUCAGUCAGCCGUGUUGAGGGAAGAGGUGAGAGAGCGUGAAUCUCAAAUUGCUCCCGACCGUCCAUAUAGUGCACUACAUGAUGGCCUUGCUGCAUGACGUAGAUAAAAAACCAUCCAUCCAUCCAUCCAUCCAAAACCAUCUUGUGAUUAUUGCAGUUGUGAUACAUCUUUCAAAUGAUUAAAACUACAUUGGUGAAUCAGUAUGACACACACUCACCGGCCACUUUAUUAGGUACAGUUGCUUGUUGACACAAAUAGCUAAUCAGCCAAUCACACGGCCAAAACUCACUGCAUUUAGGCAUGUAGAGGUGGUCAAGACAACUUGCUG